CAGACGCAGCACAUUCCUCCAGGACGGGUACACUAUACAAUAACACCAAUUAACGAGGCUAGAGCUUCUGACUUGCAGGUUCUUCGAGGUGCAGGCUAUACUGGUCGCCAUCAGAGACCAGAGCGUCCUAUGGUGAGAGGGCGAUUGUGUGAGUUCUGUACCCAGCACAGCACAGCAGAGGUUGUCCAGAGCUCAUGGGCUGGACUCUCUGCUGCGUAACCCGGAAGAGGAGAUGUUUGCGCUCUGGUCAGAGAUGUAGGAUAGUGCCGAGAUGCAGACAACGACAACUACUACUUCCUACAACUUUCUACCCACUACAUCUUGAUUCUCAUCUAUCUUCAGAUGUCACCGGUCUUCUUCUCUCGGGGUUCCUUCCCUAUACUCUCACAUUGUGUACAUUGCUCAUCAUCUCCAUUCUCUUAAUUACAGAUGGGCCAUAUCUCGCAGCGGUAAUGAUAUAGCGGUCGAACAGCUGCAAAAGAAGUAUAUAUCAUUG